AUGACGCAGACCCUCAGCAGUGUCAGUUAUUCACAAUCAUUCACUGAGAUGGAGAGGCCAAGACUUGCUUUGAUCGCACUCAUGUUUUUCCUGUUUUAUCAGAAAAUAAUCUAUGGAGAAGAAGUGGAGAUGAAAGUCAAACCAGGAGACAACAUCACUCUCUUUUGUGAUCGCUCUGUAACUCUUGGUUCCAGCAUUGUAUGGAUAAGAAACUGUUCUCAUGAAAAUCAACCCUCUUUCAUAAUAGAUUUUAGGAAACUGGACGUGGAGAUAUUUCAGCGAUUCAGCUUUAUCCACAACCUCUAUAAUAAUUCUUACGAUCUACAUAUUACUAACAUCAGUGUAUCUGACCUGGGACUGUACUACUGUGCAAAACUAGAGAUAAAGGUAAAUGAAGAUGGAAAAGGCAUCAUCUCCUCUUCAGAAGUGUACUAUUAUGGAAACCAAACAAUUCGUCUUUCUCUGGGAGUGACUUCCUGUUCUGGACCCCUGAACACCACCUCCACCCCACCUCCUGUAUCAGACUGUCUGCUCUGCUGGACGCUACUGUUCAGUGUGUGUCCAGUGUGUUGUCUCUUCUCCUCCAUCUGUGUAUUCUGCCUCUGUUGUAGGAAAGCUACAGAUUCUGCAACUGAUCAAAAACACAAGCUGAAAGGUAGAAAUAUUAUUGAGGAGAAUGAUGAUAGCGAGGUGUGUUAUGCAUCUGUGGACUUGAUGACCAGGAGACAAAACCGACACAAGAAUACACAAGUGCCCAGUUCAGAUAUCACUACUUACGCUCCUGUCAGAACAGAAACUGAAUAG